AUAUCUGGUUUGUUGGGAUCUCGGAACAAGAUCUCUCCCCCUCUUCUUCAACGAUUCCGCUUGCUCCGCUCCACAUCCCGCCAUUCUCUCAGAAGAGUGUUCUCGGGCAUGGAAGGCGAGGAUUUCAUCAACUUACCUGCUUGCAGUGGUUCUGAGUUUGAAUCUGAAGAUAUUGAGCAAAGUAAUAUGCUCUCUCCCAUAAGAGAAUCCGUGGUGGUUGGAGACAUUGCGAACAAUGAGGUUGUUGGAAUUGAAGGAGAUGUUGGAAUUGGAGGAGCUAGUGACACACUUGAGGUAACAGAGAAUACGACUUUCAUAAACUCUAAGAUAUGUACAGACAAUGGCUCCAUGGCUGUUGGAGAUGAAUGCAAUAUUUCUGGCCACUUGGAAGAUGAAAAUCCUGCCAGGAGAUCGAAGAUUUGUCCCACUGGCUUAUCUGGUGCCAAGAGACCUCGAACAACUCUUGAUGAGGAUAAACCUUUUGUACACGUCAUCUAUAAUGCUCUACCAAGAGAAAGUAAACAGAAGCUUGAGGAACUAUUACAGAAGUGGUCACAAUGGCAUGCUGAACACUGCUCUUCCAUACAAGAUCCAGCAAAAAGUAUUGAAUCUGGCAAGGAAACAUACUUUCCUGCUCUUCUGGUCGGGUUGGAGAAGCCGUGUGCAGUGCCUUUUUGGAUGGACGACCAACCAAAAAACAAAGUAUCUGAGGAGUAUACAGCAUUAGAUACCAGCUCUGUACCUCUCUAUGACCGUACAUAUACAUUUGCUCUGACCUCUUCCGACAGUCCAAACAAAUUGGAAGGGGGAUUGGGAGUUGAUGCUUCUCGUUGUUUCAACUGCGGUUCCUAUGGCCACUCACUGAAGGAGUGCCCCAAGCCUCGUGACAAUGUUGCUGUCAAUAAUGCUCGAAAGCUACACAAGGCGAAACGUAAUCAUGGUGCUGCUUCUCGUAAUCCCACCCGCUAUUAUCAAAAUUCACCAAAGGGAAAGUAUGAUGGUUUAAGGCCAGGUGUCCUUGACUGUGAAACACGGCGGCUUUUGGGACUUGGGGAGCUUGAUCCACCUCCAUGGCUUUACAGAAUGCGGGAAAUAGGAUAUCCACCAGGCUAUCUAGAGAGUGAGGAAGAUCUGCCCUCAGGGAUCACUAUAUUUGAAGAUGAGGAGGAGACCGUGGAAGAAACUGAGGAAGGAGAAAUUCAGCAUACAAGUUGUCCUGACCCACCACCACCUACAAAAAUGAGUGUUGAAUUCCCAGGGGUAAACGCACCGAUACCAAAAGAUGCUGAUAAUUGGAUUUGGUCAGCUGCAGGUCCUUCGCCAAGUUUUAGAGCCCCAAGAGCUUCAUCAUACAGCAACAACUCUAGUAGCAGUAGGCACUAUUAUAACACUAACCAGUCUAACCACACACCAGAAGUCAUCACAGAUAGAUCACAUCUUCUAGAACGACAGCUUUCCAGGGAUUACUAUGAACAUGAAGGGUGCAACCAUAGGCCAGAAACCAUCAACAGGAGCCUUGAAGAUGAUGGCCCACCUGGCUGUGGGCGUGACCUUGACAUGAGCCCUUCUCUAUCUAAAAGAUUCAGAGAUUUUGAUUCCGGUUUUAGUGCCCUAACUCCAAGGGGUGGCAAUGGGGGCAGUGGUUCUUCAGGAUCAAAAGCCAGUAGCUAUGAAAGAUCCCAUUCAAGACAUCGGCGGUAGAAGAAGAAGACACGAAGAACUUUUUGUGCAUUAACUAUUCACUAAUGGAUAGGUAUGUUACCAUUUCUUGUUGUCAAAGUUCUUUCAUGUGUACAUAAUUUAGAUGGGUAUAUGCGACUUCCCAUAGAUUGUGUGUGUGUGUGGAAAUUGUGUUUGUACUUUUGUGGGUAGUUCCCUAGUUAAGGCAGACUUGGAGGAGACUAGGGUACUUUGUUAAUGUUCCCUGUUUUAUAUUUGAAGGGAAAAAAAAUGUUUGCGAGAUGAAAGAGAAAAAUAGUUGGAAAUAAUGUUUUUAAUUUCAG